AUGACGGAUGUCAGCCAGCGAGUACAAAAAUGACAAGUUGGCCAAUGGUUUGUUGGUUGUGGAUCAUCGUUUAAUCGUAGAACGUAUUUUUCUGCUAUGAAUUUCAACGCUCAGGCUGGGACCGAUGGCCGUGCCCAUCGGUCGGUAUCAAAAAAACCAAAACGGGUGAGCGACGUGAAUGCGAUUGGGUCUACGAUUCCGUACCAACAGAUGACAUCACAAGUUCCGACCAACCAGUACAUGCCCAGCGAUCCCAAUAACUUUUACGGGCAGCCACAAUACUCGUCACUUCCACAGCAGCAGUAUGCACCCCAACAACAGCCAAACUACUACAUCCCACAGCAGCCGCCACAACCAAAUAAUGUGCCUCGGCAACUUGGCCAGCCCGCUUCCAUGCCGGGAAUGGCUGGUGGCCAGUUUGCGAUGUUUCAGCAGCCCAUCGUUCAGGACAUGGCCAUGCAGUACGGACAGAAACUGGCCGACCAGGGCAAGGAGAUUGUACACAGCCAAAUUGAAAAAUAUUUACCGAUUGCUAAGCUGAAGUAUUACUUCGCCGUGGACAACAGCUACGUUGUGAACAAGCUGAAGAUUAUUUUCUUCCCAUUUCUGCACAAGGACUGGGGAAUGAAGUACGACCACGAUAAUCCGGUACAGCCACGGUAUGAUAUCAAUGCGUACGACUUGUACAUACCUUCUAUGAGCUACAUCACGUACAUCGUGUUGGCGGGAAUUGCACUUGGCAUGCAGCAGAGAUUCUCAUCGGAACAGUUGAGCAUUCAGGCGUCGAGCGCUUUGGCGUACAGCAUUUUUGAGAUAGUGAUUUACAUGCUUACGCUCUACAUAGGAAACAUUGCCACGUCCCUAGGCACAUUGGAUCUGCUUGCCCUCAGCGGGUAUAAGUACUCCGCCAUCGUCUCGAUCUUGCUUGGUACAAUACUUUUGAAAAGAAUGGGCUAUUAUCUGGCACUGCUGUACUCGUCGGCCGUUUUGGCACUGUUUUUGCUGCGCACUAUGAAAGCGAAGGUGCUCUCGGAACAAUCGCAAACGCAAAGCUCCGUUGGCUACGAUCCAUAUGGGCAGCAGCAGAACGAGUACCACGUGGGCCGCAAGCGCAAGCUUUACUUUCUAUUCCUCGUGACCGGAUUGCAGCCGGUGCUGGCAUUCUGGCUUACCGUACAUCUAGUAGUUAGCGAUACUGUACCAAGUGCUUAGAUUCUGACCCUCUCACGAUAACGUAUGUUUGGUAUGAAACGUUUAAAUGGUAAUAAAUUCGUAAGUCAAUUUUGUUUUAUGCUACCGUA